UUUGUUUCUUGGUAUGCGUGCUUGCGCGAGGGCUUUUUGAGCGGCAUUCCUUUCCUUGCCCCUUGAGAGUUUGCUCAUCGCGAUCGCGAUAGUUUGGCCGCUCGUCACGGUCUGGAGUGUGAUCUCUCCUAUCCACAUUUUCCCUGAUUCUUGGAUCUUCGCGUUCUUUGCUCGCCCGCUCGUCCCGCGCCCAUUUCCGAUCGAUUCUCUGGUUUCUCGGGGCAGAUGCGUUGCUGAUUUCUACAUUCCAGCGCUCCUCUCAUGGCAAGAGAUCCAGCUUACGAUCUCUCUCGCGGUUUCACCUCUCCAUGCGAUUGGGCCGCCUCGUUCGCCAAGAACGAAUCGCAGGCUCUAGCCGGCUUUGGCGUCGCCAGGAAAUUCCAGUCGUCACGGUUACAGCAGCAGCCACUUCCCCUGAGAUCCAUCUUCACAGACAGUACGGUUCCAACGCUAGCUCGCCUCGCUAAUUCUCCAGCCACAAGGGAUGAUGGAGCGAACGAAAUUUGUGCCAGGAAUGGAGCCCCUAGCAGCGCGAAUCCACAAGACCCAAUCGAUGGAUUGGAUCUUGGGCAAAGGCCCGAGGCGACGUCCGAGUCGGGCUGGACGGCCUACUUGGAUAUCUCCGUGGAUUGGAACGCUUACAACAGUUUGUCGAGACAUCUGAUAAGACCCGGAUCGAUCGACGGUGGUGGGUCGAUGGAGGACGAGUGGCGGGAAGAUUCGUCCAUGGAGUCGGACGCGUCCUCUGGUCCCGAGCAGCCCGAGCUCCUCCGAAAGGAGGGGUUGAGGAGGAACGCUCUACGGGGGAAGAGAAAGUCGGCGGCGGUGAGGGAAACCAAUCCGUGUUGCGUCGUCCGGGAGGGCGAUAAUGAUCUCGAUGAUACUUGCCAGUCGAAUCUCAGCUGUGAGUCGGUCUCGGACGAUCCGAGACCGGCUAGACGGCGAUGCAAGAGAAGUAGAGUCGGCGAUGAUCAUCAACCAGCAUUGUCACGGCCUCCUCAGGUUGUAGAUGAGCACUCGGAUGAGAAUGAGGUCGAGGUUGAGGCUGGCGAAGCCGAGAUUUCCAGCCCUCCAAGCGUCAAUAUACACGAGAAAGCUGUAGAUUCACGCUUGGAGUUGCUGCAGCACUUGAUACCACAUAGUAGUAGACAGCUGGAUGAAGAGCAAGUGCUAGAAGUCGCGAUCGACUACGUGAAAAGUCUGGAAGAGGAGAUCAAGAUGUUUGGAGCUUCAAAGGAUGGAUUGAGCAGCGAGCAAUCUGCCUCCGCUGGCGAUAGCGCAAUGACCUCGCAGAGUUGCCAAGCUGCAAGUGCGUUGCAGGACAAGGGCAUUUGCAUGUUCCCACUGUCAAUGGUGGUGGCAACGACAACAUGACGCAACGAUCAGUCCUUUUGUAUGAUGCAUUGCUGCUGCUGCUGAGCUCCUUGUACCAGUGCCAAGUUAUAAUGCUCUUCUUUUUUGGUGCCAAGAUCAUCCACUGAUCCAACAGAAAAGGGUAUCAUCGAUGUCUUGGUUUGUAAAACAAGAAUGUCUUGCUGCUUCCCAGUUUGCUGGAGCAAGAAGCAUGGGCACAACACACAACACACAAAUCCUUUUUGAUCUCAAGCUCAACUUGUAUCUUGUGUCAACUGUUAAAAAGAGGAAAGAACACCUUGCUCUUUA